ACAGGGAUCACCGGAGAUUGAUUGGGAGUCCGAGGAGGUGGUUCGCACUGCAGAUUCCACUGAACGAGGGAAGAUGACCAGAGUGAGCCUUUUAGGUAAAGUGCUCCCUUCAAAAUUAUUCCAUUCAAGAUGGGCCAUCGAACAAGAGUCAGCUGUCAAGGAUUUCGCCAAACUAGCUUUCAGAUCAUUGCUAGUCAUAGAGGAUUAUCUCCUCCUUAGAAAUCAUAUUGGCAUCCCUGACAUUCGGGCACUAAUGGCCCCUGAAAUUGAUUCAGCACAGUUAUACAUUAACGGAAACAGUGUUUUUGCGGAUCCCAUGGAUCAGACAUUUCGCAAUGUACAAUUUAAAAUUGCGGAUGCUGUUGGUCCCCUUCUGCUUAUGUUAGAGAAGGCAGAGAAGGAGGGAUCCUCUCAUAACCCUUCCUUACCAGCUUUACUGGCUUCUAAGAUGGCACUUCUAAAAGCUUCCAGCUGA